UUUAUAAGGAAAUAGAUAAAUAAAUGAACACCAUCGGCCGAAGAAAACAUGUUUCUGAGCAGAGACCAUGGUGGAGAAAGUUGGAUCAAGCCUGGACCUGAGACAUUGAUUCCUCAGAGCUGUAAGACUUGUGACCAUGUGGACGACUCCACACACUGGCUUCAGAUUGAACCCUUGACUUCCACUGUCCAGGGAGGGACAAUGUUCAGGCACAGGACACCCAAAGGGAGUUAUGAGUGCACAGUGUCUGGGCUCCGCUGGCUGUGUGACAGAGAUGUCAUUCUGAAGUAUCACUUCAGGAACUGGAAUCCAUACAGUCAACUUCUGAAAGACAUGCAGUACACACAAGGUGGUCCAUUGCUGGACAUCACUAUGGAGUUAGGUGAACUGGAGGAAGUUCAUCUGCCACACUUUGUCUGUUUAGGACCCAACCCUUCCCUGAGGAAUGAGAUGAAGAUUCUUCAUGCAGAGGAACAUGGAGUGUCUUUAGAGGAAGUGCAUGAGGUCACCAGAUUCCAUGUUAAGAUUCUCCAUCCCAAGUUCUCACCUAUCGCGCUGAUACUGAGAUUACUGUCUUGGAACGUAGAUGUCCACUGUGAGCUGAUGCUCUAUCUGACAGUGAAAAGGGAAACAUUAAUUUCUCGCCUGUACCUGUUCCCCUGGAACCCCGGCCAAAUACAGGCUGUGGAACAACAGGAAAAGUCCUACGGGUCUUCAAGGUUUCUCAUCUCCAGACCAGAGCGGUCCUUCAAACUAUAUAGUUUCUUCAGACUGAACAUUCCCUGUUCUACCGCCAUCAAUCCACCGAAGAUUCAUCUCAUACAAAGAGACACCACACCAAGCUUUUUCAAGGCAAUUGUGAAAAUGACAGGGAUUGACAUUGAGAUGGAGUUAUUUGGUGAUGAUGAGAGGACAGCAUGGAAAGAGAAAGUAUCACGAUAUGAAUACAUCUCUGACACCCAUUCAACAAGUGCUGUGUCGGGGGCAGGAGGUCCGGCUGAGAUCAGUCUGACUGGUUCUGCAGAGCAGCAGCUGCGUUCUGUACGGACAGAGUUUGUGAAACGAGUAUCAGGACCUGUCCUGGAUAGUCUGCUGGACGGACUCCUGCAACACACAGUCAUCAACCAGGAGGAAAUGGAGUCAGUGAAGGUGAUCGCUGAGAGGGCAGAGAAGGCACGUGACAUCAUCGACAUGGUGUUGAGAAAAGGAACUGAGUCGUGUUCCAGGAUGAUGAACCUUCUUGGGGAGAUGGACCCCAAUCUUUGGUCACAGCUUCAGAUUAACAGUGUUGGGGUACCAACCUAAUGGUAGAAUGGAUAGUAACAGUGUUGGGGUACCAACCUAAUGGUAGAAUGGAUAGUAACAGUGUCGGGGUACCAACCUAAUGGUAGAAUGGAUAGUAACAGUGUCGGGGUACCAACCUAAUG